GGUGGGUGUGGGGGAUUGGGAGGGUCGGAAGUAUUGGGUCAGGGUGGACCAAGGGGCCUCAGAAGAAAACUUAACGAUUGCCUGGGGAAGAACUUCUGCUGGGGUGAGGAGGGAGCAGGAUAGGAGCAAGCCUACAGCCUGGAUUGCCUUCACAGCCAUGCCCGCUCCACUGCUCCCACUGCUGCUGCGAACGCUGGUGUCUCGCCUGCUGCUGCCUGCCGCCCGCCUGGCCCGCCGGCACCUCCUGCCCCUGCUGCGUGGACUGGCCCGCCGCCUAGGCUCGCAGGAGGUUCGAGAGGCUUUGCUGGGCUGUCUGUUGUUCAUCCUCAGCCAGAGACAUCCGCCGGACGCCGAGGAGGCCUCCAAAGUGGCUGGCCAGGAGAGGAAGGAGAGGCUAGCUCCCCCCAAAUGAGGCUACGAUUCCUGCUACUGGCAGUAUCAUCAAAAGCGUUUCUUUUGGAGUAAGACAGUCCUGGCACCAUCACUGAGCGCAGCCUGUCCCCUGUGCAGAAAACACGGUGGGGGACCGAGUACAAGGGUCUGACCGGGAAUGCCUCCCCACUCCCAACAGGAAUGCCUGGAAGAUGCCUAGCACCCAGCAGAAAACUGAUCGUUACCCCUCUUUGAAUUCCUGCCAAGACACCUUUCCUAAUCACAUCUGGGUCUAAGUCAGGGGCAAGGAAGUGACUCUCCUCUCCCAUGCCGGAAUGGUGACAUGAGGUCCAAUGAGGGACACUGCUUACCCAGGAGUAACUGACAAUUUCUCUGAAAGGCAAGAUUUUUAACCCAGACGGUCUGUCUCCAGACUCAGGAUUUAACUUAAAAUAAUAGGACCUUGGUUCCCAGGGAGUCAGUCUUGGCCCAAAACCUGGCAUGCAUCAGGUGCUCAAUAAAGGUUCGUUGAUUUGA